AUGCCUCAGUUACUGCGAAACAUUAAUGGGAUCAUCGAAGCCUUUGGGCGAUACGCCAGGACCGAGGGCAACUGCACAGUGCUCACCCGGGGGGAGCUGAAAAAGCUCCUGGAGCAUGAGUUUGCUGAUGUCAUUGUGAAACCCCAUGAUCCUGCCACCGUAGAUGAAGUCCUGCGUCUGCUGGAUGAAGAUGACACAGGGGCUGUGGAGUUCAAGGAAUUCCUGGUCCUGGUGUUUAAAGUCGCCCAAGCCUGUUUCAAGACACUGAGCGAGAGUCCUGAAGGGGCUUGUGGAUCUCAAGAGUCUGGAAUCCACCCUACUGGGGACUCACAAGAGCUGGGGGAAAGACAGAGCAGGAGAACUGAGGUGGGGAUGGCUAGGGAAGAACAGCAUCGUGAGGAGACCCAACAUGGACAGAGCACACAAGCCUCCAGAGGACAGGUGGGGUUCGGGGCUCAAACCCAUGGUCAGGAUAUUGGCCAGGAUAGGCAGUCUGAGUCUCAGAGACAAGAGAGAGAGAGUUGGCAGACACAAGCUGGGGGAUGUGCACAGCAGACCCAGAGAGUGAGAGAAGACAAGAGUCACCAGACCAGAGAGAGGGAGUCAGAGAGACAGUCGCGGGCCAGGGAACAAGACAGAGCCCACCAGACAACUGAACCAGUGACUGGCACUGGAACUCAGACCCAGACAGAUGCCACCCAAAGUGUGGAGCAGGACAGGAGUGGUCAAAUAGGAAGGCCUGGCACCCAGCCUCAGGAGUCCACCCAUGGCCAGACCAGAGGGACUGAUGUUCAGGGUCAAGAUAGGACCCAGACAAGACAGAUGGUGGCAGGAGAACAUGUUCCGACUCAAGGAGAACAUGUUCCGACACCAGGAAGUGUCACCCAGACCAUGGAGCAGGACAGGAGUGGUCAGAUAGGAAGCCCUGGUACCCAGCUGCAGGAGUCCACCCACGGCCAGACCAGAGGGACUGAUGUCCAGGGUCAAGACAGGGGCCAGACAAGCCAAGUGGUAACAGGAGGGCACAUGCAGACACAGGCAGGGUCACAAACCCAGACACACACCCAGACCACAAAGCAGGACAAGAGCAGGUCUGCAAGCCGCACAGGGGAUAGAGAUGAGGGACAGACCCAAAGGCAGUCAGGCAGUGGUCCAAGAUGGACACGAGUGGGCCACUAUGAAGCAGGAGAGACAGAGCUGGGGGGACAGGCCCAGGCUGGGGCAAACACUCUGACAGGGAGACAGGACUGGAGCAGCACUCACCCAAACUGCAGUGUGACAGGUGGGCAGGCAGAGAGAGAACCCACAGUGGUUACUCCAGAGUGGGUGGAUGACCACACAAGAGAUCCAGCAAGCCCAAGGCAGGACCAGGGUAGUCUACAUUCUAGCAUGCCUUCAGCCCAGGGCCAGGAGACAGCCCAGCCAGAAGGGAGGCGCGGCCUCACAGCCAGGGGGCUGUAUUCCUACUUCAAAAGCAACAAGCCAUGA